GUCUUCUCAUGGUUCAUUGAAAAAAGAAAGAGAAAGUAAAACUCCACCGGGAAGCUUAACAAACACCUUUAUCAUCGUCUGCUCUCUAUUGUAGACUGUUCUUCUUGUUUUACUGCAACAGACAACAACGGUGAAUAUAGUCCUAUAAGGCUAUUAGGAUACUGCAGAAAAGGUAACAGGUAACUCGCCGAAAGUUCACUGUAGGUGAGCAUCAUUUGACGCAAAGCAAUGUCCCGUGGUUCGAAUGCUGGAUUUGACCGACACAUUACGAUUUUUUCUCCAGAAGGCCGCCUCUAUCAAGUCGAGUAUGCCUUCAAAGCCAUCGCGCAGGGUGGGUUGACAUCACUGGGCGUGCGGGGGACAGACUGUGCUGUGGUGGUCACACAGAAGAAAGUGCCGGACAAGCUGCUGGAUUCUGCCACUCUGACCAACAUGUACCCACUUACCCCACGCAUUGGAUGUGUGAUGACAGGACACAAUGCGGACAGUCGAUCCCAGGUCCACAGGGCACGAGUGGAGGCCGCCGAAUGGAAGUACAAGUUUGGCUAUGACAUCACAGCAGACAUGUUGUGUCGGAGAAUGGCGGACAUCUCCCAGGUCUACACACAGAACGCUGAGAUGAGACCUUUGGGAUGCUGUAUGAUCUUGGUGGCCAUGGACCCCCAGCUGGGUCCCAUGCUGUAUAAGUGUGACCCGGCAGGCUACUUCUGUGGCUUCAGGGCCACCAGCGUGGGGGCCAAGCAGACAGAGGCUAACAGCUACCUGGAGAAGAAACUGAAGAAGAGGCCGGAGCUGUCAUAUGAGAUGACUGUAGAGUUGGCCAUCUCCUGUCUCUCUUCUAUUCUGUCCAUGGACUUCAAGCCCAGUGAAAUUGAAGUGGGUGUGGUCACUAAGGAAAGCCCCAAGUUCAGGCCACUCUCUGAGACAGAGAUCGACACUCACCUGGUGGCCAUUGCUGAGCGGGAGUAGCGGUGCAGCCAUCAUCAUGUACACUUGUCCUAUUACUGAACCACUAGGCUAGUCUGUUAGUUAGUCAGCCUGCCGGGUCACACUUAUACAGCAUGGGACCCAGCUGGG